UUAACUGUAGCCGGCGUUCUCAUUCACCCCCCCUUACACAUGUUGGCUUGUGGAGCUGUUAUCUAAGUCAAAAUUUAAGAACAAAAUCAAAGUUUUAAAAAAAUAAUUGGCUCCUUUAUUUUUGGGCCAAAUCGUUUCCAAAAAAGCUAUAUUUGAUUAAUGAGUCAGAAGACCGAGAAGCCGACACUUUCGGGUCAACGAAUCAAGACCCGCAAACGGGACGAGAAGGAAAAGUAUGAUCCUGCGAGUUUUCGGGACGCAAUCUUGCAAGGCCUCAACGACUCUGGCUCAGAUUUGGAACAAGCUUCAAAAUUCCUUGAUUCAGCUGGGUCUAAAUUAGAUUAUCGUCGCUACGGUGAAACCCUUUUCGAUAUUCUGCUAGCUGGCGGCAUUUUGGCUCCUGGAGGUACACUUGCCCCUGAUCUUGAUCCUCAAAAAACAUGUCGCUCUGAAAUUUGUGUUUUUGCAGCUGAUGACGGUUUGGACAGUUUGAAAAACUAUGCACAGGUUAUAACAAAAUUGAUCCGACGUUAUAAAUAUUUGGAAAAGACGCUAGAUGAGGAGUUUAAGAAAGUAUUUGGCUUCUUGAAAGGCUUCACUUCUGAACAACGUAUCAAGCUUGCCGGAGUUACAGCUAUCCUUUUAUCUGGAGGCCAGAUUAACACUGGUGUUCUUAUAAAGUUGCUUCAAGACCAUCUGGUUAAAGAUGGCAUCGCUUUAGAGUUUAUCAUUGAAGUCUUCAAAACUUGGCUUAAUGAGAGAGAUAGCAAUGCUAUUUGGGCUUCCCUCCGGAAAGCUGGCCUGGACUCUAGACUCCUCGAGUUCCUGCCCUUGAGCAAAAGGUCAAUUGAUUUUAUGAGCGAAACUUUCAAGACUCAUGGCUUGCCUCAAUUGGUGGAUUACUUAAAGGCCCAAGAGAACAAGAGCGUUAGAAAGGAGUUGCAGCAGCAAGUUGGCGAACUCCUGCAAAAUAAUGCCUCUGUGGAAGAAGUUAUUAGUAUAGUAAAAGAUCAAAUGAAAAAAUAUGCUUUGCCGGAACACGAAGUCACCAUCCUGCUGUGGAUGUCACUCAUGAGUAUCGUUGACUGGAACAAACGGCAAGAAUUGGUGUCCGAUCAGGCCAUUAAGCACCUGCGUCCAUACACUGCUCUUCUUGCUGCCUUCACUACUAGUAAUAGAGCUGAGCUGGCCCUCCUCGUACGCGUGCAGGAGUACUGUUACGACAACAUGGCAUUCAUGAAAGUAUUUGAAAAGAUUCUUGUACUCUUUUACCGGGCUGAUGUUUUGAGUGAGGAUGCCAUCUUGAAGUGGUAUAAAGAAUCCCAUUCAUCGAAAGGUAAAAGUAUUUUUCUAGAGCAAACAAGGAAGUUUGUCGAAUGGUUGCAAAAUGCUGAGGAGGAAUCGGAGGAAGAAGAUUAAAUUAAGUGUUAAUAUUUGGUAUACAUUCAGAUACUUAAGUCAAAAGCAAAACCAGAAAAUAAUCGCAAAUAAAUUUGAUACCUGGUGCUACUCCUUUUUAUUCAAGGUUUUUAGCCUUUUAUGAAAACAGAGGUGCACUCCAUGUAGAAUUAUUUUUGUAUUGAACAAUCAUCAUGUUAGAAUACUUGUUUAAAUUUGAUUUUAUAACAAUUUCAAUCUUAGACUGUAAAUUACUAUUAUAUUGAAACUGAAAUACUUUAAUGAAGUUGCAGAAUUGUAUGGCAUGCUAAAUGUUUAACCUUGUUAUCAAUAUAUUGAACAGGAAUUAUCCAUUUUUAUUUAUGUGUUUCGAUAUAUGUAAUUUAGGGAUAUGGUAGUAAAAUGUAUACUUUAUUUUAUAUUUUUCACUUUUUUAAUCUAUUUAUAUAUGUCAAAAGGUGCACUUCUUAUGCUUUCAUAUAUGUAAUGAAUGAAAUAAAGUAAAUAUUCAUAAUUGUUUUAUUAA